CUCGAAGCAGUGUGACCGAACGGAGCCGCGGGGGGCAAAAGGCAUCCAAAGUAUAUAGAGCCACCCGGCCCACCCACCGGGGUAGAACGGUUACACCACACCAGCCCACUUGUAAUUACACAGCCAACCACAAAAUGGCAAAGACCCUGGACUACGAUGUCCUCAUAAUCGGUAGCGGCAUGUCUGGCAUGGCCCUUUGUGUCCAAGCCGACCGCAAGUUUGGCCCCAACGUGCGUAUUGGUCUUGUAGAGAAGAGCGGAGAUCUCGGCGGUACUUGGCAUCUCAAUACCUACCCUGGAGCAGGAUGCGAUAUUCCUUCGCACUUUUACAGUUUUGAUUUCGCACCCAAUCCCGAAUGGAGCCAUUUCAUGUCUCGUCGUGAUGAGAUUUGGAAGUACCAGCAGGAAGUCGGCCGCAAAUUCAAGAUUCACGAUCGUACACGUUUCAAUACUGGCUGCAAUGGCGCAAAUUGGGAUGCCGAAGACCGUUCUUGGAUUGUGCACUGCGAAGAUCAACUCACAGGCAAUAAGUAUGACAUUCGCACUCGCAUUCUCGUACCAGCUGUUGGCGGUUUGCACUUGCCGAAUGAUAUUGGCAUUCAGGGCAGCGAAACGUUCAAGGGGCCAAUCUUCCACUCUGCACGCUGGGAAAAAGACGUCGACCUCAAGGGCAAGAACGUCAUUGUCGUGGGAAACGGCUGUAGCGCGACCCAGUUCGUGCCUAUUGUGUGCAAGGAAGCCAAGCAAGUGCGACAAUUUGUGCGUUCGAUGCACUUUCUUAUGCCAGAUCCAAACUUCAAGUACAGUUCCUUCGCGCGUAUGCUCUUCCGCUACGUGCCGUUCCUCAUGAAGAUUUACAGGCUUUUGAUUGCAUCUGUCUUGGAUGCGUCCUUCGCCAUGUUUUACGUCAAGGGCAUCGGCAAGCACUUGCGACGUAUUCACCAGAAGCAAACACUCAAGUACAUUCGCGAUCGUUGCCCGCAAAAGUAUCACGACAUUGUUGUGCCAGACUUCCAGAUUGGCUGCAAGCGACGCGUUAUGGAUACCGGCUACCUCGAUUGCCUGCAUCGUGAUAACAUGGACGUCACGCGUGAUGGACUUGUUCAGAUCAAGGAGAACAGCGUUGUUACCAAAUCUGGCCAGGAGUACCCGGCAGAUGUGAUCAUCCUUGCCAACGGCUUCAAGGUUGGCCAAUUCGUGGUCGACAUCCGCGGCAUCAAUGGCGAAUCUCUUCAAGAGCACUGGAAGAAGUACCAGGGUCCUGAGGCUUACUUCUCGACAUGUUUGAAUGGUUUCCCCAACAUGUUCUUGUCGAUGGGCCCCAACUCCGCGACUGGCCACUUUUCCUAUCUGUUCACAUCGCAAAGGCAGUCAGACUUCAUCAUUAGACUCUUGGAAGAGGUCAUCCCCACCAAUGGCAAGGCUGACAAGCGAAAGGUGAUUGAAGUGAAGGAGCAAGCAGAACGUAAGGAUGUCCGUUGGAUCGAGGACGAAACUGAACGCACCAUUGUUGGUAAGCAAGGUGGCUGCAGUGCUUGGUACGUUCAAGGCGGCCGUAAUGUUGCUCUGUACCCGAGCUUCCAAGCACACUUUGCUCUCAGGGCGCGCUUUGUCAGGUGGCAAGAUUUUACUAUUGAUGGCAAGUCAGCUGGCUCUGCCCUUGGCUCUUGGACACGCCGUCUACUUCCUAUUGCUGGCGCUGUAGGCCUGGCUGCUGCCAUCGCUAACUAGUCUAUUCCCU